UUGAGCAUCUGAAAGGUUACAAUCUUGCAGCAAGAUCCAUCAGCAUGACCGCAAGCGAUCUGAAGAACGUGCGAUGGGUCACCCGCGGCAGCAGCAAGGAUGACUAUGAGAGAAGCAAGAAGAUCCUGGAAGACAACCUGGACAGCAGCGACCUGAUUCCCAUCCUCCGAACGUACGGAACACAUCAGGACAUCAGGAACGACAUGAUGUCGGCCCACCUGGUCCUGAUGCCGUCCCGCUCUGAGCCGUUUGGGCUAGUUGGCCUGGAGGCCAUUGCCGCUGGUGUGCCUGUUCUCAUCUCUGACCAGUCAGGACUGGCGGACAUGAUCACGAAGUUCGUUAACGAAGAGAAGUUCCCAAGGGGCCUCCUGAACAGAAUCGUGAAGACCAGCGUGCGAGACAGUGAUAUGGAGGCAAAUGCCCAAACCUGGGCGGGCAAAAUCAGGGAAACUCUGCUUGACCCUGAGACGGCAUUCAACAAUGCAAAAAAGUUCAAAGAUGCACUUCUGAAGUCCGAGUACUGGGUGGACUCCCAGAGAGAGCUCCUAAAAGCCUGCGGUAUCACAGCGAUCUGACUUCACAGUGCAGUACAUGUGAUUUCUGCACGUGUGACGUCAUGACAUCUUGAAGAUGAAUGGAGAUGACACCACUCCUGCAGGAGAUGCAAGGAGUUGGCCUAGCAAGAUUGUGGACAUCCUCAAGAACAGUGACUCAGAGGUCGAGAAAGCUGCUGGCCGGUUCAAAUCUGACCAAACCCUUCUGCAGGCCUGUGGCAUCCCGGCUGGAGCAGCAGAUCAGUAGAGAUUGAGGAAAACAGUUGGCGUGAUGAACGAAGAAAUGGCAAUAACAAGUUCAGUGUUCUGAUCACUUUGCACAGUUUUGUCAGGGCAGUUUUUGAACUGGUCCUAUUCCCUUGAAUUCUGCUCAAAUGAGAAAAAUCAAGAUAGUCUGGUUCAUAGUCACACCACAUAAUUAUGUUAAG